AUGUUCUCCAUUGUUUUGCUGAGCCUAGUGGCCACCAUGGUGACUGGAGUGCCUGUAGAGGAGCUCAAGUCAGCAGACUAUGAUCACUAUGUCUUCACUCAAGUCUACCCAGCAGGCUCUUGCUACAGCUGCUUCCUGCAGGGGAAGGGAUACGAAUGCAACUUCCCUAGCAACGCGUCCACCUGGACCAUCCAUGGACUAUGGCCAUCAGAGGGCACUACAAAGCAUCCUGUUUUCUGCAACAAUGAAACUAUGUUUGAUCCUGAUGCAAUCAUGUCUCUUGUCCCUAAACUGGUGGCAAAGUGGACCAAUGUCUUCAACCACACUGGCUUCUUCCAUUUCUGGAAGGACGAGUACCAAAAGCAUGGCACAUGCUCUGGAUUGUCUGAGUAUGAAUACUUUAGUAAAGUGUUGAAACUCUUUGAUCAGUUGCCCCCGCUUGGAAAUGUGUUCCAGAAUGCUGGUGUAGUCCCUGACAACAAGAGAGGAUAUGCUGUGGACAAGUUGCGAUCUGUUCUCACUGCCCAGUUUGGAGUGUCUCCAGCCCUGCAGUGUGCUCAUGUCAAGGGUGGUGUUCAGAUCCUAGACCAGAUUGAGCUGUGUCUGAGCAUGGACUGGAAGCCCAUGGUGUGUCCUGGCUCCACUGACAGUUGCAGUGGUGAUGAUGUCCACUACCCCCAGUACUCACCAAGUGGAUACUAAUCAACUUAUAUAAAACAGAAAUACUUGUUAUUCUCAUAUGAGCUUAUUAUGCAUUUGAUAUCUGAACAAUAUAAAUUAAGAAGUUGGUAGUGUAUCAUAGUUGUUGAUUCACAAAAGAUGACAAACGAUGGAAA